AUGUCCACUCCGGUUCGCACCCACGAGGUGCGUACCGCUCCCCCAUUUGGCCCACUAUACCCAUGUUCCGCUCCAGAGUUGAAGGCCCUCCGAGAGUACCUGGAUAAAGAAUUGUCUUCAGGAAAGAUCUCUAGAUCUAAUAGCCCUGCUGCGGCGCCCAUAUUGUUCAUUCCUAAGAAAGAUGGUACAUUGCGGAUUUGUGUGGAUUACAGAGGUUUGAACAAGGUCACUGUCAAGGACAAGUACCCGCUGCCUAUCAUGAGCGAGCUCAGAGACAGGUUGUUCAAGGCCAAGAUCUUCACAAAGAUAGACCUGAAGAACGGCUUCAAUUUGAUCAGGAUAGCCGAAGGUGAUGAGUGGAAAACUGCUUUCAGAACCCGCUAUGGACUGUAUCAGUAUAAUGUGAUGCCGUUUGGUCUAUGCAAUGCCCCCUCCGCCUUCCAGGCAAUGAUCAAUGAUGCGCUAAAGGAACUACUGGAUGAAGGAGUAGUUGUCUAUAUCGACGAGAUCCUCAUCUACUCGGAAACUGAGAAAGAGCAUGAGCUACUGGUCAAGAAGGUACUACAGAAGCUUAGAGAAGCAAAGCUCUGUGCCUCGAUCAGCAAGACAUCCUUCCAUGUCCGAGAAGUAGAGUACCUAGGCUAUCACAUCUCGGAAGAAGGAGUAUCUAUGUCAGAAGACAAGGUGGAGGCAGUUAAGGAAUGGCCGGUUCCUGAGAAUAUCAAGGCAGUACAGGCAUUCCUCGGAUUUGCAAACUUCUAUCGCCGCUUUAUUGAAGGCUUCAGUAAAGUUUGCAAACCAUUAACUGACCUCCUGCAAAAAGACAAGAAAUGGUAUUGGACGGCAGCACAUGAGCAGGCCUUUGAAGAACUCAAGAGGCUGUUCACAAGCGCCCCAAUCCUCCUUCAUUUUGACCCUAGUAGGAGAACGGUGGUCGAGACAGAUGCCAGUGAUUUUGCCAAGAGCGGUGCUCUCUGUAACGGAGCCAUUUCAACUGUCUGGUGUAUGAAAAGGACCCCCGUUACACUCUCUCAGUAUGGGGAUGAUGGGAAGCUACAUCCGGUGGCAUUCUAUUCUAAGAAGUUCUCCCCUGCUGAGAUCAACUAUGACAUUCAUGAUAAGGAAAUGGGAGCUAUUGUAGCCUCUUUCCGGGAAUGGGAACACAUGCUCAAAUCUUGUGAGCAAGAGAUCACGGUUUUUACAGACCACAAGAACUUGGAGUACUUUAAUUCUAUCAAGGUUCUCACUAGGCGGCAAGCUAGAUGGUCUGAAGACCUCGCGGGCUACAAUUUUAAAGUUGUCUACAGACCGGGAGAAAAGAAUGGCAAGACUGAUGUGCUAUCUAGGCGCUGGGAUCACCGCCUUGGAGAGGGAGGUGAAACUCUGCAGCCGGAGCCACAGAUCUUUUUUAGGCCAGGUCAAUUGGUUUUGGAUCAUGCAAAGCUAGUGGCUGUCAGGGUGAAUCAGUUGCAGAAUACAUUCUUAGAGCGCCUAUACACGGCUGCUAAAGAGGAUAGUUUCUGGCAGGAAUUGCACCGCUCCCUGGUUGAAAGGAAACCAAAUUUGGACCAGAACUUGUCGGUCAAGAACGGUCUCAUCUUCUACAAGAAUAGAUGGUACAUACCCAAAGACAAGAAGCUUCAGAGGGAAAUACUGUCCGAUACCCAUGACUCUAAGGUGGCUGGUCAUUUUGGCCAAUUUAAGACACUAGAGCGGGUGAAAAAUAACUUCUUUUGGCCCAACAUGGAUAAUGUAACGGGGGUCCUUUCUAAGAGAAAUAGAUUUGUAUAG